AUGUUGAACAGAUUCGCUAAGAAGACUGCCCAAAGCGUUAUUCAAACUUCUUCUAACACUUCUAGAUCCCUCCACACAAAUCCAGUCUAUGACUACAAGGGUGCUUGGAAGACAUACAAGGGUGCUAAGAUGCAAGCUUUCGCUUUAGGUCUUGUUGCUUGUGUUCUUGGUCCUCUCUGGGUCUGGAAGGCUGAACACGACGAUAUUAGAACCGUCUACGUUUUCGAUGGUAAACCAGUUUUCGCCAAGUUGAGACCAAAGUUGUACGCUUGGAAGAGUGAUUGUCUCGAUUGUGGUCUCUUCGAUAAGGACUGUGCUGCUAUGUGUAAGCAAAUUCAAGAUGCCAAGAAGAAGGGUCUCUAAAUUAAAAUAUUAUCAUCAUCAUCCGAAUGAAAUAACAUUUUUUAAAAUUGUAACUUUAAAUUAGGGAUUUUUAAAUUAAAGGCGCCACUAUUAGGUUUUUUG